ACGUUCGUCACGCAAAAUCUCUGUGGACGCGAAUGCAAAUAUCUACUCCGUAUGCGUUAGACUGCCCUUCCGUCGAAUUAAAAUUUCCUAGGCUGAAACAUCCCAAGCAACUACAGCGCUGAUAAGUGAUCUUGCUAAUGGCUAUAACAGCUUGCUCCAAUCUUAGCCGCAAACAACUGUUGUAAUUUUCUCUGGGGCAAAAUUCCAAAUCGGCGUCGGGUUUCUCGAUCGGAUCUUUAUCAUUCGAAACUCCGAGUCCCUCACCCAAUCCCUCCACCAGCGACUUCGCCUUUCCUAACAGUUGCUUGUACUGUAACCUAGGUACCAAAUUCAUGGCUCCACGAAGGAGUCACAGGAAAUCGCGCACAGGUUGUAUUCAAUGCAAGCAGAGGCGUGUUAAGUGCGAUGAACAGGUACCACGAUGCCAGAAUUGUAUCAGUCGCAAUACUGGCUGCUCUUAUAACUUCGUACGAGCUUGUAGCACAAGCCCAUCAGUUGCAGAGGAUGGUUCAUGUACAGACAGCACAAGUGCUAGAGGGCAUAUCAGUGCAGAUUUGGGAAGCAUCUACUCGAGAUACUACUCCAGUCAGCCAGUCACGAAGCUUAUGCGGCUGCGAGAGCUCGAACUUAUGCAUCACUAUGCGACCAGCACUUGCGAGACAAUGGCUCAACACGAAACUGAUCUUGACGUGUGGAAAAGAUCGAUCCCUGCGGAAGCCUUCAAGCAUGAGUUUCUAAUGGAUGGUAUAAUGGCUCUCGCGUCCCUCCACAUUGCAUUGCAUAGACCAAGCAACAGGUGGACAUACACGGAACUUGCAGUACAAUAUCAGGCCUCAGGCUUACGGGAAUUCAAGGCUACAUUAAAUGGAAUUAAAGAGGAAAACUGUCAUGCAUUAUUCGGGUUUUCCUUGAUCAUUACCGUCCUGGCAUUUGCGUUUCCGGAAUGCUACGGUGACCAGCAUCUCGUAACACCUCGCGACAGUAUCAUAUCAAUUUUCGAACUUCUCCGUGGUGUUCGUGCGAUAAAGACUAGUUCCCAUGGAUCACUUCGAGGUGGACAAAUGAAAGCACUAUUUAACUACCCCAGACCAUACAUGGACCCAGAGGAUGAUGAAGACGUUGAAGCGCUGCUGAAGCUGCGGCAGCGUACUGAUCAGUUAGGAAAAGACGUUCACCCUGAGAAGCACAAUAUAUACCUCUCCGCGAUUGAUUGUCUUGAAAAAAGCUUUGGGGAAAUUGUGGGACUUCCAGAGAGGGGUGCGGGUGCGAUAGUCGCAUGGCCAGUUAUGGUUCCUGACGACCUUAUGAUCCUCUUCAAGGAGGGUGAUCCAUUGGCCAUGCUUAUUCUCGUUCAUUACGGCGUCUUGCUGCUUCACGUGCACAACCAAUGGUGGGGGAAAAACUUUGGCGUUCGACUGAUAAGACACACCUCAGAGGCACUACAUCAAAUUAAUCCCGAAUGGUCAUCCUGCUGUGAAUGGGCAAGGAACAAAGCUGCCGUGGUUUCAGAGUUGUCGUGACUCCAUUUGAAUUUUAGAUCUUUGAUUGUAGAUAUUCCAAUUUUAAGUUGACAUGUAGACCAAUUCAAAAUCGAGAGCGAUAUUGUAG